UUUAAAUAUUAAAAAUGAAUACAAAAAUAUACGAAAAAAGAUAUUCCAAAGAGCCUCUCAACAAAUACCUAAACGAGCCAAUUUUCAUAUCUCAUGAUUUCAGAAGAGGCUCGAAGCGUCGCUCUAAGCAUCAUCUGGCUCACCAAACGACGCUAUAAGACGCCUCGAGAAUAUAACACGAAGGAACACGAAUGCCCAAACGAUUGCGAAGACAAGGUUCAGCAAUGAAAUCUUUGAAAAUGAGUCUAUCCAGAAAUAAGAUUGCAGAAUACUACACCAAUAGUAACCUCCAGACUAUCCUCAUGAAGAUCUGGACUAAGCUAAUAGCGUCAAUGUCUUUGGACCCGUUCAAUUACCAGCGGAUUAUCCGUAUGAUCUCUAAAAGUCUCGGUGAGUUUGGCGAUGACAAGUACUACCAGACCAAAAUCCCUGAGUACAAAUAUGGAAACGUGACAUAUGACAAGUACUGCUUUGACAUCAUCUCUUUGUUCGGCAAAUAAGGUGUUCUACCUGAACCUAUCCGAACUAGAGAUCCUCCUCAGGGCAGCUUAUAAGGAAAUUACAACUGUGAUCGCAGGCAAGAUCUUCCUCAAGCCUGAUCAUGAAGUUACCCAGAUCAAGGAUUGCGAGAAUAUUAAGACAAAUUUUAAGAACAGAAAGAGCGAGACUAAAGAGCAAGAGCCAUUCAAUAUUCAUCCUUUCCUCACUAUUGUCAAUAUUGGUUACAAGUCUGCUAAUGAUAAGGAAGGGGAUGAUAACUUUGAGGCAACCGCAAAUAAGAAGAUAGUCCCCUUCUUCUCGAGGCAGCAGGCUCCUGAGAAGAUCCGUGUUACACAAAAGAGUCCUAAGAAGCAGGUUUCUAGCCCUCAAAGAUUCGUUGACUGGAAAUCACUGAAGCGAAAAUAAGGAUAAGUCGUCUAAAAAGAGGAAACGGGGAGCUCUCUCAGAAGAUUCUCUCAAGAUCCUCAAGAGCAACAUUAUCUCCCACGAAGAUAAUGAUUUGAUUGAUGAUCACACAAUUCCAUGGAGAGUUCAGUUCAAGAGCAGAAAGCUCUCGCCCUUUGCUCAAGAUGAAAUUAUCCAGAAGAAGCUUGAUAAUUUUCAUUUCUUUAGAUAUUACUGUGAGAAAGAACCUGUUGAAAAGGCAGAUGAUCUUUUCAAAAGGGUUAUUACUAAUAAUGAAAGUUAUCUUCUGAAGACAAGAAAUAUAAUCCCUCGCAUCAAGCGCAAGAAGAGGACUAGCUCUAGCAGAAGAGUAUAUGCUCAGAAAAAUUCGAAACUUACAGCUUCUAUGUGAACUAAGCCUACCCUUCCCUUGCCAAAACCAAGAGAACUCCCUCGGAAGAGUUUCAGAGGAAUAAUCCCUUUAGAUUUCGGACUUUUGAACUCGGAAAGAGGAAUUCCAACCAUUGCAGCACAACAAAGUGGGAUGACUAAGUUGUCCAAUCCUCGUGCAGAUAUGACAGAUGAACGUGUUCAUCGAUUCAUAUUGUUUGAUACAGUUGAUAACCGCACCAGGGCCAUUACCGAGCGCUUGUAAUACCUCCUAAAACCUCGAC